CCCCCGCCCCCUGCCCGGCUUCCCUGCGCGAGCCACGCGCCGGCGGCAGCCGAGCCGUCAAGGCAGCGCGAGCGCGGGUAACGGCCCAUUGCCCUCCGCGCCCCGUGGCCGUUACCCGCGCGGCUCGCCGAGGGGACGGCGCGAGCGAGCGAGCCCACCGCCCGACCCGCCCGCCCAGCGAGGCCCAUGGCCGCGUCGGACCGGAUGGUGCUGGGGCCGCUGGUGGCCUCCAUCGAUCAGGGCACCAGCUCCACUCGCUUCCUGGUUUUUAACGCAAAGACAGCAGAGCUCUUGAGUCACCAUCAAGUUGAGAUUCAGCAGAAAUUCCCUAAAGAAGGAUGGGUGGAACAAGACCCAAAGGAAAUCUUAAAAUCAGUCCAUGAAUGUGUAGAAAGGACCUGUGAGAAACUGCAACAACUGAACAUAGACAUCGCUAACAUCAAAGCCAUUGGAGUCAGCAAUCAGAGAGAAACAACAGUGGUUUGGGACAAGACGACUGGAGAACCUCUUUAUAAUGCCAUUGUGUGGCUUGACCUGAGAACGCAGUCAACAGUUGAACGUCUUCUUAAAAGAAUCCCAGGAAAAAAUAAAUCCUUUUUUAAGUUUAGGACUGGUCUUCCACUUAGCACUUAUUUUAGUGCAGUGAAACUUCGAUGGCUUUUGGAUAACGUGGAAGAGAUUAGGCAAGCAGUUGAUGAUGGGAGAGCUAUGUUUGGGACUAUUGAUUCAUGGCUUAUAUGGAGUUUGACAGGUGGGAAGAGUGGAGGUGUUCACUGUACAGAUGUAACCAAUGCCAGUAGAACAAUGCUGUUCAACAUUCAUUCUUUGGAGUGGGAUCCUGAACUCUGCCAGUUCUUUGAUAUUCCUAUGGAAAUACUUCCAAAAGUACGAAGCUCUUCCGAGAUUUAUGGCCUGAUGAAAUCAGGAGCUUUGACAGGUGUACCAAUUUCUGGGUGCUUAGGUGACCAGUCUGCCGCUCUUGUUGGACAAAUGUGUUUUCAAGAUGGACAGGCAAAAAAUACGUAUGGAACAGGAUGUUUCUUACUGUGCAAUACAGGUCAGAAGUCUGUGUUUUCUGAGCAUGGUCUUCUAACCACAAUAGCUUACAAACUGGGCAGAGACAAACCUGUUUGUUACGCACUAGAAGGAUCUGUUGCAAUAGCUGGUGCUGUUGUUCGUUGGCUGAGAGACAAUCUAGGUAUUGUUAGGACUUCACAGGAAGUUGAAAAACUGGCUGCAGAAGCGGGGACUUCUUAUGGCUGCUACUUUGUGCCAGCAUUUUCAGGACUGUAUGCACCAUACUGGGAACCCAGUGCAAGGGGUAUUAUCUGUGGCCUUACUCAGUUUACAAAUAAAAAUCACAUCGCCUUUGCUGCACUAGAAGCUGUCUGCUUUCAAACACGAGAGAUUUUAGACGCUAUGAACAAGGACUGCGGGAUACCACUAAGCCAGUUGCAAGUAGAUGGAGGAAUGACCAAUAACAAAGUUCUCAUGCAACUCCAGUCAGACAUUCUCUGUAUUCCAGUAGUAAAGCCAUCAAUGCCUGAAACAACAGCUCUAGGAGCUGCUAUGGCAGCAGGAGCUGCAGAAGGAGUUGGAAUUUGGAGUCUGAAUCCUGGGGAUUUGACAGCGGUGACAUGUGAACGAUUUGAACCACAGAUCAACCCAGAGGAAAGUGAAUACCGUUAUGCCAGAUGGAAGAAAGCUGUGAUGAAAUCUAUGGGCUGGGAGACAUCUGAAGCUCCUUCAAAUGGUGACACUAGUAUCUUCUGUAGUCUGCCUUUGGGUUUUUUUAUUAUGAGUAGCAUGAUAAUGUUAAUCGGAGCAAAGUACGUCUCAGGUACUGAUAAAUGAGACUACUUAAUGGACUACCUGGAUGCAGCUGAUUUUUUUUGUUUGUUUUAUUUAUGAAGAGUUUCCACCACCAAUGUGAUUAUACUGUGUGACUAAAUCCAUUCAUGAACCCAUUUGUUGCCAGGCCUUGAGCAACCUCCCAGUGGUAUACUGAAACUUAGUCAUCACCCCAUCACUGCUUUGCUCCCUUCCCCAUCAAAUCCAGCUUCACUGAAAGCAUUUGUGUUGACUGUCUCACAUCAUACUAUUUCACAUUAUGAAAUUUUAAAAUUUCAGAAGCUCUAGCUUUGUUUGAGAAAGUUGUCAUUUAAAAAACUUCUGGGGUAAUUUCAGAUGUUUUUCUAUGCUCUCCAGGGUUUUGGUACUUUAUAAAAUGCACUGCAGAAAGUUAUAAUGAUGCACUAUAGAACUUUGUAAACAUCCGAUAAUAUUUCUUCCAGCUGCUAUGGAUUAUCUAUCAUAUUUCUAUGCUUGCCAAAGAUGUGUUGUUUUAGUGGCCAUAAGUCUGAAACAACUUUAAUGGUACAAACCUUUUAAACACUAGCUCAAAUUGUAUCUUCAGUAUCACACGUUGCCACUGGUUUGGCAAUGAAAAGGUUGGAAAUAUGGUCACCAGAGUACUAUCAAAAUGCUCUAUCACAAAGUUAAAUGGAGGUUUGGGUUGGCUUCUGGCAUACGUAGCCAGCUUGCCUAUUAGUAAGUAUUUAAGACACUAAGCCCUGUAACUGUAUCUUUAAAGAGGUAGGAGUAAAUAGACAUUUUGGUUAAGGCUGUGUUUCAUGUUCUUCCCUGUUUGUAUUUGUUUUGAAAGACAAAUUUGACACAGCAUGCAAUUCAAAGGAGAACUUCUUAGUCCUCUGUAGCUGAUAACUCUUAUUACUCUGAACAAUGUACUUUUCUUGACCAAUACUGCAUAUGUUUUGUCAUCCUGCUUAAGGAUGUUUUAGUGAUUAUAUGUUAAACUUUCGAAAGUUGAAGCUGAAUUAAUUUUCCUUAAAGAGGGUCCACUCCCGAUUAAAUAUCAGUGCUUUAGUUCUUGAUCUCAUUUAGUAUAUCUCAGGGACCAAAAUCUCCCUUUCGAUUUCCAUGUCCAUAGUUUUAACAGCAAGUUAUCCCAAGAUAUGCUGGGUGAACCCAAAAUCCUGGCUUGGAACUGUAAGUACUUGGCACCUGAAAUGGGCCACUGGAAUUCAACAUACUUGAAAACUGAGUUGCAUCUGCCUUGAAACUUUAGAUCCUCCAUAGGUAAAGGAGUGAGGCAAUAAUCUUAACUUCAGCUUCCUGGUUGGUUUCAACAGCAUGAGAAAUGCCAACCUUGUUGGCCAGGUCAGAGAAAAUGUGUUCUUGUAUAGUGUCACUAGAUCACUAUAGAAUGAUAUUGAGGUUAAAUGUGGGAACAAUGACUUUCAAAACAAAUUACAAAGAUGUAUUUAAAUGCACUAGGAGUUAAAGGGAGUGGGGUUUUUUGUGCGUGUUUGUUCUUAAAGAUUUUUGUCUUAAGAAAAAAAGUUAUUCUUUGACUAAGUUUGUUUUUCUUCAUUCAACUGUAAAUAGCGGUUUAGUUUUAAAAGAAAUGUUAAAUAUAUGUGUGUCUGAAGCAAUGGAUUGCACAGAAAUUCAGGUCUGUACAAUAUAUUUAAUAUCAAAUGCAUAUUAAUUGCCUUUUUGUUAUCAAGUGCAAUGACCUUUGAAAAUGUGACUUUUAAUUAAGAAGUUAGAGAAGGAAUAUAUUCCUCCUGUGGCUGCAUGUAUAAAUUCAGCUGAGGGGAUUUUUAUGCACGGGUGAAAAUAUAACACCAACAUUCUAAUCCCACAACUCCUAUAAAUACCUGAAUGUGAGGUGCAACUGAAACUUCUGGGUUUCCAGUUUUUAUGGAGAGGUGAAUAAAGCGUGAAAAAUGAACAUGAAUCUUUAGAAAAAUGUUUAUACUCCUUACCUUUUCUCUGAGCUGUUGAUGAUCCCAUCUUACACCAAGGAACAGGAGUAACAGCAGCCUUUGGAGUGCACAGGUCAAGGGCAGCACACACCUGAAAAAAUGGACUUCUGAGUAUGACUUCUUGCCAAAAAUACUGAAGUAGUGAAACUGGGAUAGUGUUGCCUUUGCCAGUGGUGUAUGUGGCAAGGGAAAAAAGUAGCGUGUAUUAUUCAGGAGGGAGAUUUUUUGCUGCUUUUUCUGAUGUAUCUUUUACUGAGAAACACAAUUCCUAUUACUUUUUUCACUGAGUAAAUACCAUAAUUUUAUUUUCAAUUGCUGUUGCAAGUAUUUUUUUAGAAUAUCGCACCACUGUACUCUUUCUACCAACGUAGUUGAAAUUAAUUGUAAACCGUGUGUGGGGAGAACUGCUGAAAAGUAGCUUUUGUGAAUAGAAAACUGUGAUUUUUUUUUUCUAUAUAUUACCAGAUUUAUAAAUUCUUACUUGAGAAAUGCAUUCACUUGUUAUUAAAAUACAAUAAACAAA